ACUUGUUGCUCCUGGGUUUUUCAUCGCUCCUGCUUGCUCGCGGUUCUCCAGAACUCCCAAGUUCUCAGUUGAAGAAAGUUCAUUUUCGGUGCCGUUUUUAGCCGCAGCCAUGGCCCAGAUAAACAGCUGCCUCAAGCGGACCUUCAUCGUUUUCAACUUGUUCUUCGCGCUUGUCGGAGCAAUCAUCCUCUGCCUCGCUGUGGUCUCCCAAGUCCUCACCAGCGGUGAAGAUGGUGAUAUGGAGAAUCGGACCACUGGGCUCGUCUGCCUGUACAUCAUGGGGGCCGUCACCAUGCUGCUCGGCCUGCUGGGAGCCUACGGCGCUUACAAGGAGCACAAGAUCUCUCUGAUUGUGUUCCUGGUCUGCAUGGUCAUUGGGUCUUUGGUGAUGAUCCGAUCAGGAAUCCCAGCAGCCAUUAUUCGUCCUGAGGUGGAGGGAUUCCUGGUGGAAAAGUUCAGGACUCUUCUGCCUCUCGACACGGCGACGAUCCGAGAGAAGCACUUGGUCGACAGCCUGCAGACUCAUUUGCACUGCUGCGGCCUGUUCAGCUACACAGACUGGAACGAAGACAUCCCGUCCUCCUGCGAUUGCCCCUCCAUCGAGGAUGAGGAACCAUUUACAUGCAAGCUGGUCCCUGGCAUGAACCGCUAUCCUUUUGUGAGGCAAAGCAGGUCCAUCUACAGUAAGCCAUGUGUCCCCAUCGUGAUGUAUUACGUCCUGCUGGUGGCUGACAUCUCACUGGGGGUCAUCUUCACUCUGGCUGCUCUGGCUGUUCUGGGCAUGAUUCUGUCCUCCAUCAUGAUCCACCAGCUGCGUCAUCCCAACAGAACCCCCGUCGUCCUCAACGUUCCCACCAUCUUCAUUCCAGGACCACCAAAGUACCACGAGCUGCAAAACGAACUCCCCCCUCCCUACUAAAGGAGCACUGCCACAUUUCUGUUGUGCUUCAGGAUGUUUUUCUUCUUCUUCUGCCGUUUCUCUGACUGCUUCCAAAGUGCCUUUCAUUCCUCCAACAAGGGAGAAACUCUCCAGAGAUUACUCUGCACCAGCUUUGAAAGUUUUAUUUUUAAACCAUAUUUUACAUUUUUUCAAUGUUUGGUUUUAAUUAUCUGGGAGAGUUUUAAGAAAAAUAAGAUAUUUACUUUCAUCUGUUUCUAAAUCAUCAUGCAAAAAAUAUUUUAACAAGUUUGGUUUACUAUUAAGUACUAAAAGUUAGGAGAAAGCCAUAAAACAUUUUCAUCAUCAGAGUUCUAACCUAAUUUAGUUUUUAUAUAUUAAACCUCUAGAUAUGCAGCUUUAUGUUUGUUUAACCAAAAGCAACUUCCUUGCACACUUAAUGCCUUCUAAAGGAGCUGUUUAAAUUUUAUUUUUAAUAAAGCUUAAAAAUUGACAAUGAAUGUUUACAAACAGGAGUUUGUUUCUGCUUGUUAAUCUUUUUACGGUAGACAGAUUUUUGUUUGGGCUUAAAGGGAAAUAAAACUAUAAAAUAAA